CCUGCCGUUUUCUUCUCUCUACUACUAACUACACCGCCUUCUCUUCUACAAGAAACUCUUUCAAAGUCCCAACUUUACUCCGCAACCUCGUCAGGAGCUUUCCAAGGAGUUUUGAUUUGAGGUCUGGGAUUUAAUAGAGUAAAAAGGAAAAAGGGAAGGCAUGAAAGCAGGAAGAAAGAAUCUGAAAAGGGCAGUGGAGGAAGAGAGCUUAAACCUUGAAGAUGGCCACACCAUUAUGCAAGUUCUUUCCCUCAGAGGCUCCAAUCUCAUCGAGGUAAUGGAUGCACAAGGGAAAACAUCAUUGGCCCUUUUUCCAGCUAAGUUCCAAAAGAGCAUGUGGAUUAAGCGAGGGAGUUUUGUUGUGGUUGAUGAAAGUGGAAAGGAGAAGGCUCUUGAAUCAGGCAGCAAAGUAGCAUGUAUUGUUUCCAAAGUUCUAUUUUACGAACAAGUUCGUGCACUUCAGAAAUCUUCAGAAUGGCCAGAAAUCUUCAAAUCCACGGGUGGAGAUGACUCUAAUGGAAGUAGCCUGCUGGGAUUGACCCCCCAUCAGGAAGAGAAUGAGCAUGAAUUAAGUGAUGAAGACGAUGGACUUCCUCCACUUGAAGCCAACACCAACAGAAUCAGACCAUUUGAAUUGCAAUCAGACACAGAAUCAGAAUCAGACCAAGAUUCCUAACUAGUUUGAUAGGAAUUUCACAUGCCUUCAUUUUAAAAAUUGCAGCCAAUGUGGCUAUGAAGUGAGGAGCAGCAGCUCAAAUCCGUAUAAUCCAUAUUCAUGGAUGAAAAUUUUGUUGGGUUGAAAUGUAUAGUUUUUUAAGAUUUGGAAAAUAAACCCCAUUGUUGGUGAAUUGGUUACGAGACAAAAUAUUUUCUCUGUGUAAUGUUUUAAUGUUAAUAUAAAUCUAGAUUCGUUUUAACGGAAUUCUCUAGUACCCUAUUACCCCAAACAAGUGUCGUUAGCUGAUAGAAUUGCAAAAUGGGGACUGACCCAAAAACCAAAGCCAAAACUUUCCUUUUUAAGGAAUUUUUAUAGGGGAAAUUUCAUUUAGCUUCUAUCAGUUUUAUCUUAAUAUAUACAUGUUUAUAAUUUUUCAAUUAAUUUUUACAAUUAAAAAUUAUAAAUAUAAUUACGACACAAUUGAGAGAUUCAAAUGGACUUUACCUUUUCUAUAUCAAGGCUCAUUAGGAAGAUUUUGGCAAAUUGGUGGGGGGUAUUGUCAAAAAGAGUAACAACAAAGAGUCGAAGAUAAAUAAAUAAACAAAAAAAAAAAAAAAAAAAAAGGUGUCUACUUGGUUUUAACCGAUAAAAGCAAGAACUACUGUGCAACGUGGCUUUAUCUCUUCCACCAAUGCAUUUCGCGGGUCUGGCUUACGAACGAGAACAUAAAAAUGGAUUUAUUCACAAAAUAAAUAAAAAAUAAAAAAUGGAUUUUUGUUUUUCAGAUGGACUGCAUGGUCAAAAGCUGUGAUUUUUCUCCAAUAUCCCUGCAAAAAUCCGACGCAAACGUCGUUGCUGGAG